UAAAUCCCUAAGAAACUUCAAGAGGCGAACAGAACUCGAAGCUCUUCGCCGCAAUCUCAAUCUUCAUCGCGACCGCAAAUGGCCAAGCGAUUGAUCCCCUCUCUGAAUCGCAUUCUGGUGGAGAAGAUAGUUCCUCCUUCGAAGACCAAUGCCGGCAUCCUUCUCCCGGAGAAAACCAGCAAGCUGAACUCUGGGAAAGUUGUGGCUGUUGGCCCUGGAACCCGUGAUAGAGAGGGGAAUCUUAUACCUGUAGCCGUGAAGGAAGGAGAUGUUGUUCUUCUGCCUGCCUGACUAUCUGACUAUGGUGGUACUGAAGUGAAACUCGGAGAGAAAGAGUUCCACCUUUUCCGAGAAGAUGAUAUAUUGGGGACGCUUAAAGAAUGAUGAGAGGUACAGCCAUAAUUGAUGAAUUGGGUGGGCAUGAAUGUAUCAUUUUGUUUUGUUUCUUGUAUGAAACUGGCUUAUUAUCAUUAUCAUUAUGAAAACUUGAGAGAAAUGAAAUUUUCAUGGCACUGACUGUCAUGUUUUGAGCAUAA